CUCUUCACUUCCCUUCUCCCUUGUCAGAUCUCACUACUCAAAGGAAUACUAUACAUCUAUCUUCCCAUCUACCUACCUAUCUACAGCAUCUAAUCCGCCAACAUGCCUCAAAUCAAGUGCAUCCUGUUCGACUGCGACAACACGCUCGUUCUCUCCGAGAACGCCGCUUUCGAGGCCUGCGCCCAGCUCGCCAACCAGAUCCUUGAGAAGUUCGGCUUCGAGAAGCGCUAUGGCGGCACCGAGCUCAUGCACCAGUUUGUCGGCCAGAACUUCCGCAGCAUGAUGACCGGCCUCUGCUCGCGACACGGCUUCACCAUCCCCGCCGAAGAGUUCGACCAGUGGGUCGCCAAGGAGCUCGACACCACCAUCGCCAACCUGCGCGCCAAGGCCGAGCCCUGCGAGAACGUCAUCGAGGUGCUCGAGAAGCUCCAGAAGGACAAGAAGUACCACAUGGCCAUCGUCUCGUCCUCCGCCAUGCCCCGCGUCGUCGCCUCCAUCGAGAAGACCAAGAUGGACCAGUUCUUCGGCAAGCCCGACGAGGGCAUCUUCUCCGCCGCCAGCAGCAUCCAGCCCCCCGUCUCCAAGCCCAACCCGGCCAUCUACCUGCACGCCUGCGAGAAGCUCGGCUUCAAGCCCAGCGAGUGCAUCGCCAUCGAGGACAGCCGCAGCGGCGCCACCGCCGCCAAGAACGCCGGCAUCCCCCUCCUGGGAUACGUCGGCCCCUACUACGAGGAGGGCCAGGAGAAGCUCGACUCAAUGGUCAAGCUCUUCAGCGAGGAGCUCGGCGCCUUCGACGUCAUGCACAACUGGAAGGACUUUGAGAGCAUCUUGGCCAAGUACGAGAGCUCAUAGGAUACCCCCAUAACACCUUUGUUAGACAACGGAGUUUUUUUUUUGAAAUGAAGGGAGGCGGACAUCCCAAAUAGACUUUUUUUUUUCGGUUUUGCAUAGAUGGCAUCUACGUACAGAUGCUCGGAGCCUGGGAGAAAAAACAAAUUUAGAGACGAUUAGAAUGAACAAAGAUUUAGAGCGCUUGUCACGGCCUCACCUUUUCUUCCCCUAUAAGACAUACCUAUCAUUUAAAGAAAAUGAAAUAAACUUCUUCAGUAUCACUG